AUGGUUCGUGAGCAACAAGCUUACCAGGCUCUAAUGGUUCGUGAGCAACAAGCUUACCAGGCCCUAAUGGUUCAUGAGCAACAAGCUUACCAGGCUCUAAUGGUUCGUGAGCAACAAGCUUACCAGGCUCUAAUGGUUCGUGAGCAACAAGCUUACAAGGCUCUAAUGGUUCGUGAGCAACAAGCUUACCAGGCUCUAAUGGUUCGUGAGCAACAAGCUUACCAGGCCCUAAUGGUUCGUGAGCAACAAGCUUACCAGGCCCUAACGGUUCGUGAGCAACAAGCUUACCAGGCCCUAACGGUUCGUGAGCAACAAGCUUACCAGGCCCUAACGGUUCGUGAGCAACAAGCUUACCAGGCCCUAACGGUUCGUGAGCAACAAGCUUACCAGGCCCUAACGGUUCGUGAGCAACAAGCUUACCAGGCCCUAACGGUUCGUGAGCAACAAGCUUACCAGGCCCUAACGGUUCGUGAGCAACAAGCUUACCAGGCCCUAAUGGUUCGUGAGCAACAAGCUUACCAGGCUCUAAUGGUUCGUGAGCAACAAGCUUACCAGGCCCUAAUGGUUCGUGAGCAACAAGCUCACCAGGCCCUAAUGGUUCGUGAGCAACAAGCUUACAAGGCUCUAAUUGUUCGUGAAAAUGUCUUACAUAAUCUUGAUUGCAUUUAA